UUCUUUUCAACUUUGAAACUCACAAGACAGUUUUCUUAAUUCUCUCCCUUGGAAAAUGGUGGAUCGUCAUGGUGGGUACAAACGCGACGAGAAGAACCAUUAUGGUUUUUCUCAUCACGAUCUUAGAGCUGACCGCGUAGUUGCUCAGGUAGAGAAGUCAGUCAAUAUAAUUAUCGGUCAUAGACAAACGCAAAGGCAGGCCAGUUCAAGGGAACAAAAUCAAUCGGGUUACAAAGGCACCACCUCAAGGGAAGAAGGUAAAACGAAGGAGAAAUACACAACUAUGAAGAUCCCCAAAUGGAAGCAUUAUGAAUCAGAGAACAAGUUAGGUCAAAAGGAGAGCAUGAAUGAAAAGCCAACCAUGAUCGUCGCUGGUGGAUGGGUCAGGCCAAAUAGAGCCAUGUGGGCUUCACCUCCAAAUUCCUCAAGCUCCAAGUCACAAAAAAAUAAUUGAUUAUCUGAGAGAAGCUGGUGAGAACAUAUAUAUGUAUGAACUUACAUGUUCAAGUUUGGGAAGUAGACAAAUGUUGAGAGAGAGAGCUAAGCACGUCUUUUCAAAA